AUGCCAACACCAUUAUUUGAUGGACGUGAUGGAUUUCUACGUGUUAAUGCUAUAUUCAAUGAAUUGGAUGAUAUCAAUCAAAUCCGUGCACUCAUAAAUGAAUGUGCACAGAAUCAAUCGUUGAUGUACAGCAUUUAUAUGUGGUUUUUACAACGUUAUUGUCAAUUUCAUUCUCCUAAAGUACAAGCAGAUGAAAACUUAUUAAAACUUGUACGAACCGAUUGGAAACAGUCUCUUUUGACAAUAUGUGAACCGAUUGGUUAUGAACUAAUUGUUUCACUUUGGACAAUUUCACUCCUACGUCAUACUUUCACCUUCUGCCGACCAUGUCAAAAAAUGAAUUGCAUUGUCGUCUACUCGCCUUGA